AUGCAGCUGUGCGGCCGACAGAAGGUGGUCCAGCGCAAGAUGGUGCUGCUAGGCGAUGGUGCCUGCGGCAAGACAUCUGCGCUGAAUGUGUUUACUCGUGGAUUCUUCCCAACGGUCUAUGAGCCUACGGUCUUUGAAAACUACGUGCAUGAUAUCUUCGUCGACAACAUACACGUGGAGCUCUCGCUAUGGGAUACCGCCGGCCAAGAAGAGUUCGACCGACUGCGAGCACUGUCCUACGAGGACACACAUGUGCUGAUGCUCUGCUUCAGUGUCGACAGCCCUGACUCCUUCGAGAACGUGUCGUCGAAAUGGAUCGCCGAGAUUAACGAAAACUGCCCGGGUGUGCGCGUGGUCUUAACAGCACUCAAGUGCGAUCUGCGCAAGGACGAAGAUAUGAACGAUAACCCCAACUCCAUCAGCUUUGACCAGGGCCUAGCAAAGGCAAAGGAGAUUGGUGCCGUGAAGUACCUGGAAUGCUCUGCGGUCCAAAAUCGCGGCAUCAGAGAAAGCUUCUACGAGGCUGCUAAGGUUGCCCUCGAGGUUAACGCGGGCGGGGGCUCGUCCUCCGGUUCUCAGUGCAUCAUUCUGUGA